AUGGGCAGUGGUAUGGUGCGAGACCAAGUGCAAGACAAGGCCAGCAAACGCGAGGACAAAAGUAUCAACAAGAUCACCAUGAUGGGACUCAAGCAGGAAAACCACGAUGGCAGGGACUUGGAGAAUGAACCAUCGUUUGAUGAGCAAGAUGACUAUAACGAAGGCUAUAAAGAACGUCCUUCUGCGUGA